CCAACAGAACGACAAAUAUUACUAUUCAGUGUUUCUCUCUCUUCCAACUUCUCCAUUAACAGCUCCUCCACACACUCUCUCUCUCUAAACUCUCACUUUUCUCUGCAACUUCUUCUCCUUUCAACUCUCUAAUUUGUCUCUCUUUCUAUAUAUAUAUAUAUAGAUAUGUAUGUAUAUUGAUAUAUUUCUUCUGCACUUCAUCUUCUAGUACUGCUCUGUUCCGAUUACAAUGGCUGACAUCACCGAUGACAUAGCAGAGGAGAUUUCGUUCCAGAGCUUCGACGAUGACUUCAGACUACUCAGUAGCCUUUUCAACGACGUUUUGCACAGAGAAGUCGGUAGCAACUUCAUGGAAAAAGUUGAAAGAAAUCGAGUUCUUGCUCAGAGCGCUUGUAAUAUGAGGAUGGCGGGGAUAGAGGACACAGCUGAGCUGCUCGAGAAGCAACUGGCGUCUGAAUUAUCAAAAAUGACACUAGAAGAAGCUUUGAGCUUUGCUCGAGCAUUUAGUCAUUACCUCAACUUGAUGGGUAUUGCUGAAACCCACCACAGAGUACGCAAGAAUCGGACUGUGGCACACUUGUCGAAAUCUUGUGAUGACAUUUUUAAUCAGCUGGUGCAAGGUGGAGUUUCCCCAGACGAUCUUUACAACACUGUUUGCAAGCAGGAAGUUGAGAUUGUGCUGACUGCACAUCCUACUCAAAUUAACCGGCGUACUUUACAAUACAAACAUAUUAGAAUUGCGCAUCUUUUAGAGUAUAAUGACCGACCUGAUCUUGGCUUUGAAGAUCGUGAUAUGCUGAUAGAAGACCUGGUGAGAGAGAUAACUUCUAUAUGGCAAACAGAUGAGCUUAGGCGCCACAAACCUACACCAGUAGAUGAAGCUAGGGCUGGCUUACACAUUGUGGAGCAGUCCCUUUGGAAAGCUAUACCUCACUAUUUACGUCGUGUCAGCAAUGCUCUUAAGAAGCAUACUGGAAGGCCACUUCCAUUGACAUGCACACCGAUAAAGUUUGGAUCUUGGAUGGGGGGUGACAGAGAUGGAAAUCCAAAUGUAACAGCAAAGGUCACAAGAGAUGUCUCUCUUUUAUCCAGGUGGAUGGCUAUUGAUCUUUACAUCCGGGAGGUUGAUAACCUCAGAUUUGAACUUUCCAUGAAUCAGUGCAGUGAUCAAAUGUUCAGACUGGCUCAUGAAAUUUUGGAAAAAGAAACUUCAGACGAGGAUCGGCAUGAGAGUUGGAACCAGCAAUCAAAUUGGAGUCAAUUGAAGCAUCACAGCCAACAAGUUCCUGCGCUUCCUUUGCAACUGCCAGCUGGGGCUCGUCUGCCCUCUUGCACAGAAUGCGAGGAUGGAGGAUCUCAGUAUCCUAGGCUAGAAGUUCCUCGGACAGAUAAAAUGCCAUUAAAUCGUCAGGAUGGGCAGAAUGAUUCAAGAUUAGGGCCUACAUUCCAGGAUUCCAAUAAAAAUUUGAGCAAAAAUUUUGGAAAUGGAAAUGGAAAUAUAGCUAAUUCGAACAAUUCUCCAGCCUCGACACCACGUUCUGCUCCUCUCAGCUCAAGUCAGCUCCUAACUCAAAGGAAGCUAUUUGCCGAAUCUCAAAUAGGAAGGACAAGCUUCCAGAAACUUUUAGAGCCAAGCAUGCCCCUUCGACCUGGAAUUGCUCCCUAUAGAAUUGUUCUUGGGAAUGUAAAAGAAACGCUCAUGAAGACACGAAGGCGGCUGGAACUUCUCCUCGAGGAUCUUCCUUGUGAAAACGAUCCUUGGGAUUAUUAUGAAACAUCAGAUCAACUUUUGGAACCAUUGCUUCUGUGCUAUGAGUCUCUGCAAUCAUGUGGAUCUGGGGUGCUAGCUGAUGGUCGGCUAGCUGACCUAAUCCGGCGAGUUGCUACCUUUGGAAUGGUUCUAAUGAAGCUUGACUUGCGUCAGGAAUCUGGUAGACAUUCUGAGACUUUAGACGCAAUUACCAGAUACUUGGAUAUGGGUACAUAUAGUGAGUGGGAUGAAGAAAGAAGACUGGAAUUUCUAACGAGAGAAUUGAAAGGGAAGCGGCCAUUAGUUCCUCCUACUAUACAGGUUCCUCCUGAUGUUAAAGAAGUUUUGGACACCUUCCGUGUCGGUGCUGAGUUGGGAAGCGAUUCCCUAGGAGCAUAUGUUAUCUCUAUGGCCUCGAAUGCAAGUGAUGUUCUCGCUGUGGAGCUUUUGCAGAAAGAUGCCCGUCUUUCCGUUUCCGGGGAACUUGGCAGACAAUGUCCAGGUGGAACGCUGCGGGUGGUUCCUUUGUUUGAAACUGUAAAGGACUUGAGAGGAGCUGGCUCAGUGAUCAGGAAACUAUUAUCAAUUGAUUGGUACAGGGAGCACAUCAUAAAGAACCAUAACGGGCACCAGGAGGUGAUGGUUGGAUAUUCUGAUUCUGGCAAAGAUGCCGGGCGCUUCACUGCAGCUUGGGAACUUUACAAAGCUCAAGAGGAUGUUGUAGCUGCAUGCAAUGAGUAUGGUAUUAAAGUUACUCUGUUUCACGGGCGUGGAGGGAGUGUCGGUCGUGGUGGUGGCCCCACUUAUCUUGCCAUUCAAUCCCAACCGCCUGGUUCUGUAAUGGGUACCCUCCGGUCUACUGAACAGGGAGAAAUGGUGCAGGCCAAGUUUGGGUUACCACAGGUAGCUGUUCGACAGCUAGAAAUCUACACGACAGCUGUGCUGCUUGCCACUUUACGCCCACCAUUCCCACCUAGAGAAGAAAAAUGGCGUGACCUAAUGGAGGAAAUCUCAAAAACUAGCUGCCAAAACUAUCGGAGUACAGUCUAUGAAAACCCAGAAUUUCUUGCUUACUUCCAUGAAGCUACCCCACAGGCUGAGCUUGGCUUCCUUAACAUAGGAAGCCGUCCCACAAGAAGAAAGAGUUCGGUAGGAAUUGGACAUCUUCGUGCAAUUCCAUGGAUAUUUGCAUGGACCCAAACCAGAUUUGUUCUUCCUUCUUGGCUUGGUGUUGGAGCAGGCUUGAAAGGUGUUUGUGAGAAGGGACAUACUGAAGAUUUACAUGCAAUGUACAAAGAAUGGCCUUUCUUUCAAUGUACCAUAGACCUCAUAGAGAUGGUUCUAGCGAAAACUGACAUUCCUAUAGUCAAGCAUUACGAUGAAGUUCUUGUGUCUGAGAGCAGGCGACGACUUGGUGCCCAACUGAGGGGGGAGCUUUUGACAACAGAGAAGUAUGUAUUGGCGGUUAGUGGGCAUGAGAAACUCUCAAGUAAUAACCGGGUUUUGCGAAGGUUGAUUGAGAGCAGGCUUCCCUAUCUCAAUCCAAUAAACUUGUUGCAGGUUGAGAUAUUGAGGAGAUUGAGAUGUGAUGAUGAUAACCAUAAACUAAGAGAUGCAUUGCUCAUUACUAUAAACGGAAUUGCUGCUGGGAUGAGGAACACGGGUUAAAUAUCGGAACCCUACUCGAGUGUUUGUGUGUGUAUAUUGUAGUUGGGUUACCUUCUGAUCCUUGAGUUUACAUCUAUGCAAGUAUGUUUGGCAUUAGGUUUUGAUGGAAAACACAUGCAAAUGGCAUAAACUUGUGGACUUUAAAUCACGGCAAUGGUGGAAGUGGUGGUUUCAUUUUGAUCA